AUGGCCGUCCAAAUCGCGCCUCUCGCCAUCAUUGAACCCAAAGCCUUACCACUAGGUACACCAGAAUAUGAGAUGAAACGUGCUGCCCUACUCGAAGCCUUUGCGAACAAGGUACCACAGGAACUACGCCUACCCGAUACGUUCUUCUCGAAUCCACCGAAGGAUGUCUCGGGAGUGCCGGCCACAUGCGGGAUACUCACACCCGCUGAGAUCGACAUCACUGAGAAGUACGAUGCAGUAGGACUGGCUGAGGCCAUCGCCUCCCGCAAGUUGACUGCAGUCGAAGUAGCGACUGCGUUUUCCAAACGCGCCAUCAUCGCACAUCAACUUACAUGUUGCCUGACGCAAUGGUUUAUGGAAGAGGCCAUCAAAAGGGCGCGAGAGCUAGAUGAUUAUCAGCAAAAGAACGGAAAGACGAUCGGACCAUUACAUGGAGUGCCUAUCAGUAUCAAAGAACAUGUGCCAGUUGCAGGCACGUAUUCUUCGCAAGGAUCAUUCAAGAGUAUGCGAUUCACCGAGAAGGACUGCCAUAUGGUAACAUUACUAAGAAGUAUGGGUGCGGUGUUCUAUUGCAAAACGAACCAGCCACAAGCGAUUAUGCAUUUAGAAUCAAUAUCGCAUUAUGGACGUACUUUGAAUCCUUUCAACACUGACCUCAGUGCUGGCGGAUCAUCUGGCGGCGAAUCUGCUUUGGUUGCAAUGAAAGGAUCAGUGCUUGGUGUAGGCACAGAUAUUGGAGGUAGCAUAAGAGGCCCCGCAACAUUCUGCGGUAUAUAUGGCUACAAGACUACUUCCUGCAGGUUACCGACAUCGGAAUUCGUCAAUUAUCCAUCUUCAUCUGAGCUCCAAAUCUUGGCUAGCUCAGGCCCAUUGGCUCGGAGUAUACGGGAUAUGCAUCUAUUCAUGACUUCAAUCUUGAGCCAGAAGCCAUACCUGCAGGAUCCCAAGGUUCUUCCGAUACCAUGGACAGGCAUCAAUACCGAGACCAAGAGACCGCUGAAGAUCGGCAUCAUCGAAAACGAUGGCUUCAUCGAACCACAGCCGCCCGUCAAGCGCGCCAUAACAUGGGCCCGCGAGCGCCUUGCCUUUCUAGAAAAGUCCUCUGCCAUUGAAGUCAAGCCAUUCACACCUUACAACGCACCCGAAGCCUGGAAGAACAUCAGGCGCAUGUACUGGCCCAGCGGCGGCAAGCCAGCAAAAGACUCCAUCGAAUCAACCGGCGAGCCCGUCCUGCCUCUCACCUCCUGGAUCUGGGCCGAUGCCGCACCCCACGGCAUGCUCGACGCCGAACAAGUCAACCAUCAACGCUCCAUCCGCGACAGCUACCGCCUCGCGUUCGCCGAUAAUUGGAACGAGCAGGACGUGGAUAUCGUCAUUGGGCCGGGAUUUGUAGGGCCGGCUUCUGCACACGACACGGCGUUUUACUGGACUUAUACCAGUUUGUGGAAUUUAGUAGACUAUCCCGGUGCAGUGGUGCCGACGCCGAUUCGCGCGGGGAAAAAGGGAGAGGAGCAAUAUGCGAGUGAUUAUGAGCCGCUUACUGAGGAGUGUAAGCGCGUCAAGAAGUUGUGGGAUGUGGGUGAUUUUGAGGGUGCGCCUAUUGCUUUGCAGAUUUGUGCGAGGAGGCAUCAUGAUAAUGAGUUGUUUGGGGCACUGGAGUUGCUGAAGGAUGCGCUUGAGCUGUCGUAG